GAAGCAGUCGCUGCAACUUCCGGAGGGGUCUGUACGCCUGGUGUGGGAGCUGCGGGGACCAGAAACUGCUUAAAGUAGUGGGUGCACGAUGUCCCGAGGUUCCAGCGCUGGGUUUGACCGCCACAUUACCAUUUUUUCACCCGAGGGUCGGCUUUACCAAGUAGAAUAUGCUUUUAAGGCUAUUAACCAGGGUGGCCUUACAUCAGUAGCUGUCAGAGGGAAAGACUGUGCAGUAAUUGUCACACAGAAGAAAGUACCUGACAAAUUAUUGGAUUCCAGCACAGUGACUCACUUAUUCAAGAUAACCGAAAACAUUGGCUGUGUGAUGACAGGAAUGACAGCUGACAGCAGAUCCCAGGUACAGAGGGCACGCUAUGAGGCAGCUAAUUGGAAGUACAAGUAUGGCUAUGAGAUUCCUGUGGACAUGCUGUGUAAAAGAAUUGCUGAUAUUUCUCAGGUCUACACACAAAAUGCUGAAAUGAGACCUCUUGGUUGUUGUAUGAUUUUAAUUGGUAUAGAUGAAGAACAAGGCCCUCAGGUGUACAAGUGUGAUCCUGCAGGUUACUAUUGUGGGUUUAAAGCCACUGCAGCAGGAGUUAAACAAACCGAGUCAACCAGCUUCCUUGAAAAAAAAGUGAAGAAGAAAUUUGAUUGGACAUUUGAACAAACAGUGGAAACUGCGAUUACAUGCCUGUCUACUGUUCUAUCAAUUGAUUUCAAACCUUCAGAAAUAGAAGUUGGAGUAGUUACAGUUGAAAAUCCUAAAUUCAGGAUUCUCACAGAAGCAGAGAUUGACGCUCACCUUGUUGCUCUAGCAGAGAGAGACUAAACAUUGUAGUUAGUUUACCAAAUCCAUGAUGCCACUGGCCUGUGUGUUUGGUAACAACAGACCAACAUUUUGGAGGCCCCUGGAUUGAAAAAGGAACCUCUCCCACUCCUGCUGCCACUGAAGUCGUUAGGACUCUAUAAAUAAAAACAGUGCUUUUGGAAAAUAA